GCGAGCGCCUUGCGGCUGGCAUCGGAGGAAGGGCAUGCGGCUUGUGUCCGAGUGCUCCUCGACGCGGGAGCCGACUGCAACCGCUUCCGCCCGCUCGCGGCAGCGGCGCGACACGGUCACGACCGCUGCGUCGAGGCGCUGUGUGCGGUCGGUGCUGCAGUUGAUCUGGCCGAUGAGUCAGGCUCGACGCCUCUGGUGCUUGCUGCGCGUCACGGCCACUCGGGCUGUAUUCGAGUGCUCUGCGUGGAGGGCGCG